AUUGGUUCAGAUUGUUCACAAAGGAAUGGGAGAAGAACAGCUUAACAAUAGGUUAAAAUAGCUAUGAAGCAUGAACCAUCUUUUCUAGCUAAGAUUUGUCUUUGAAAUAACUGCAGGCAUGUGUUGAAUAAGGCUUUUAAGGUGUACCCAACACUAAAUAAUAUUAAAUAUGCAGGUAAACUUGGAAAGUUUUCUGUUAUAUAUAUCAUAUGCAACUAUCAAUUACAUGGGGAAGGAGAAAGUUCUUGCUCAUAUUUAUGAAAAAUACAUGUUAAAUGACUUAACCAUUCUUUGAAGGUUCUGUGCAAUAAAGUACAAUGGUAAAAUUGUUUCAGGACCAGAAAACUUCACAAAGAUUUCGCACCACUAUGAAUUUUGAUCAACAAAACUGUUGUAGCUUUUGAAAUAAUUUACAAUAGAUUGACCUUUCCCUGGGAAAACAGUAAAAAAUUUAAUAAGUAAAGUAUAAAUGUACAAUGUAUACUCCUUGAGUUGCAUGUUCACUGGCAUUUCUCUACUGCCCUACUAAAAAUGGCUCUGAGCAGCGCUUACAUUUAUAGAUGUGUGUUAAUCCAAAAAAGUGUAUUUAAUUUAACUUAGAAAGUAUAAUUGUGAUGAACCAAAGUGCACAAAUAAACUGAAAUCCAAUUCAGAUUUGUGAUUUAAUUCAGAAUCAAUUUGAUUCAAAUGUAUGACUUGAUUUAAAAGGUAAUUUGAGUUGAAUUGGUGAUUCAUCACUGCUAAAAUAAAAUCACCACAAGUCCAUUGAAUCCAGCAAAUUGAUUCAGCACUGUAUGUUUAUUUCACAAUUAGAAUGAAGAUACAAUUUGAAGGGUGGUUUUAAUUUUAAUGCCUUUCAACAAAAUCAAAGCUGCAUACAGCUAUAAUCAUGACUUGGAGGAAUCUUAAAUCUAGGAAACUUAUCAGAACAUUUCAAUUUUUUUCAGAAUAAAACCAAUCAAUUUUGUAGGUCACCUGCCCUUCAAUGUGAGAUUUAUAAUCUAAAACUGGGUUGCUCAAGAGGUAUCAUUAUUUUUAAUUUAACUUGUCAUGAUAGGAUUUUAAGCUCUUGAAAGAGGUGGAAAGAAAUAACAUUUUUAAGCAUUCCCUUUGUUCCUAGUCCAAUUAAAACCAUUUCAUAUUUUUUAAAUGGAUGUAGUUACCUCAGGACAUGCUUCAAAGCACACAUUCCUCUUCUGGGUGUGUUGUUGUUCAUGACUCACUUUCAAUGUUAUAUAUCAUCUCAGCCAAGUCAUGAAGAAUAUCUGAGAAUUGAGAGAACACUGGUUAAAAAAAAAAAAGAAUCAAAUGUUAAACAGCAUGAUGGAUACUGAUUAUAUAAAUGGACUCAUUAAGGAAUUUGCCUGAAAAUUACACAAAUCAAGAAUAUUUUGCUGCUUUUGGACAAAAAAACAAGCUAACUGAUGGAUUUUUCUGAAGAAAGGUUAAUGCAGAGUCUAGCCAGUUAUGAUUCAGUUCACACAUUGUGCUAUUACGAUUUAUUUUUGUCCAGUCCUUGUGAUUUUGAAAACAUGAACUUUGUAAAUCAACUGUGUUUUAUCCAGUAAGCAUGAUAAUGAAAAUCAUGCCUUGGUGUGAUGUGUGAUGAGAUUUAUAUCUUCCAUUAAAAAAGAAAAAGAGUGACACAGGAUUAAAAAAGGAGUGAGCAAUUUACUUCACCUAGUCCAUUUAUGAAGCUGAAAUAUCAAGGGUAUUCCAUGGGCAACAGUACAAGUAGGCUGUAUAGUGCACUGGCUAAGACUUUGAGCAGCAGUGUCAUUACUAAGCACCAGGACUACUUGGAACAAACUGAUCCUGAAUUUCUGGAUCCUAUAGAUCCCAAAGAUCUACUUGAAGAAUGCCAGAUUGUUCUUCAGAACCGUCCAGCCCGGCUCCAAAGGGAUUUUGUGGACUUGAGGACCAGCUUUGUCAGAAAUCAUCAGCCCAUUAGAGUUAUGCAAUGGAAUAUACUUGCACAAGCUCUUGGGGAAGGCAAGGACAACUUUAUCCAAUGCCCCAUGGAAGCCUUGAGAUGGGAAGAAAGGAAGUGCCUCAUUCUAGAAGAGAUCCUUGCUUACCAGCCAGAUAUCCUCUGUCUACAGGAAGUGGAUCACUAUUUUGAUACUUUUCAGCCAUUACUCAGUCGGCUAGGCUACCAAUGUGCUUUUCUUCCUAAGCCAUGCUCUCCAUGUUUAGGUGUGGAAUGUAACAAUGGCCCAGAUGGCUGUGCCUUGUUCUUCCUUAAGGACAGGUUUACGCUAAUUAAUAACACCAACAUCAGGUUGACAGCAAUGAAGUUCAAGACCAAUCAAGUGGCUAUAGUUCAGACCCUGAAAUGUAACGAGACUGGGAAAUUAUUCUGUGUUGCUGUCACCCACUUGAAAGCUCGCAAUGGCUGGGAGACGUUUCGAUCUGCUCAAGGUGCUGAUCUUCUUGAAAAUCUAAAACAGAUCACCCAGGAUGCAGAGAUCCCUCUUAUAGUCUGUGGUGAUUUCAAUGCUGAGCCUACAGAAGAAGUAUACAAGCAAUUCGCUGAAUCUAGUCUGAACCUAAACAGUGCUUAUAAACUUCUGAGUACAAAUGGGCUAACAGAGCCUCCAUACACCACAUGGAAGAUCCGUCCUUCUGGAGAAUGCAGGCAUACCCUUGAUUACAUCUGGUAUUCACAACAGACUUUAAAAGUAGAUGGUGCCCUCAGCCUUCUAACUGAGGAGCAAAUUGGACCCAAUAGGCUACCAUCUUUCAAUUACCCUUCAGACCAUCUAUCUCUAGUAUGUGAUUUCACCUUUAAUGAAAAUCCAGAGAAGUUUUUAAGAUUAAGUGAAAUAUAAAGUGGUGGAGGUGGGUUAUCUUUUCAUGUACUGUGUUUGUGCAGGCACAGACUUUUACCACGGACUUCUAAAGACUUCUGGGGAUGGGAUGGGAAAAAUAUUUAUGAAUGGAGAAUUAAUAAUCUACUACUAGAGCCUUGACUUGUUUUUCUUAUUAACUGUGCUAUGAUAAAAAACACAAAAAUAUGCCUGACUAACUGCUUAUGCUGUUUUUCUUUUCUGAAGAAAAGUACUGCUGUUAUUCAGUUCUAAUUGUAACAAGGUUCUUUUCCUCCCAUAUUUAAGAUCUUGUGUUGUAAAUGAAACAAUUGCACUGCAUGUAACAGCAUUGUCCUGUCUGUCAAGAAUCGGUCAGAUGAAUGCCCAGGAUUCGUCCCUCCAGCAUUGGACGAUAUGACCAAAUUUUGUUCAGCAUAAAGUUUAAUAUGAGCCUCAG